GCAACGUCUUAUCCGCCAGAAUUGACAUUUAUCUCUCUCUAAUCGUUCGCCCCGUAACCACCAUGUGCACGUUAGAGAAGCGCGGUAACCUUUUCAUUCUAACCUUAACCGGCGACAACAAAGAUGAGCAUCGGUUAAAUCCGGCUCUCAUAUCAUCCAUCCGCUCGGCUUUGGCCGAAGCCAGGUCACAAGCGGUUGCCGGUUCCGUUCUUAUCACUGUGGCCCAAGGGAGAUUCUUCUCCAACGGAUUUGACUUAAGGCACGCUCAAUCCGUCGGCGCUAAAUCCGGCUCGAUUCAAGCAUCCCUGGAUGAAGUAAUCCGGAUGGUCAACCUCUUCAAGGGCAUCGUCUCCGAUUUUUUGACCCUACCCAUGCCCACAGUCGCCGCCGUCGGCGGUCACGCCGCUGCUGCCGGAUUGAUGCUAGCCAUGAGCCACGACUAU